AGGGAAUGGUGGUAUUUGAUUGUCUUAAACUUGUUAGCUAGCUAGCUAAAUUAAAUCCCUCGUUAACUGUCAGGUUUUACGCACCAGACAAUGCCUGUAAAGCAUAUCAAUAUAGACAUGGUAGUCCAUGCAGGGCAGCUAGUCGAUUAGCCUUUCUUUUUUGUACUGGCGAUGAAUCACGGCAGUGAGUGAGACCGAUAGCUAACUCGGCUAGCAAGGUAUCUUGGUUAGCUAGGAGGAGGAACAAGCCUGGCUAACUAUUUGGUUUGGUGGCUAGUUAGCAAUAGGGUUGAUUAGGGUAGCAUAGCGCUUAGCGCUUUGUAGUUAGCUUGUUAGCUUUAUUGAAUGAAAAACUACCACCAGCACACGGUAAAGAGAAAUGCAAAGAAUGCGGUCACCUUUAUCCAUUUCAUAGGUAGGGAGUGCUCGCUAGCACUAGCUACAUUACAAGCCUGGAGCUUGCUAUCUAGCAGCAUAUAGCUAGCUAGCGACCCAUUCGUAGUUGAUCGGGUAGAAUAGCUUAUGUUUGGAUCUAUGUUUUCAGGGAAAAAAUUGGCGUAGCUGAUGCCAACUAGCUGGAAAGCUAGCUAGCUAACUUGGCUAAAAACAAUGGAGAGCGGUUUUGGAUUUUUUUUCUUGCUGGCAGCUGGGAUGCCACUGUUACUGGUUGACGGCGCACCACUUCCGUAUCGAGAUGCAGGGGAGGCCAUGGGGGUGGUGUACCUCUCUCUGGCUGUGUCUGUGUCUGCACUGGUCGCCUUGGUGGUUCUCCUGGUCAACUGCAUUACCUGCUGCAAAGAACGUGAGAUCAACUUCAAGGAAUUUGAAGACAACUUUGAUGAUGAGCUGGACUUCACCCCACCCGCUGAAGACACCCCGUCCAUGCAGUCCCCUGCAGAGGUCUACACCCUGGCUGUGCCCCCCCUGGCUCUCCCUGCUCCCCCAAUACUGCAGCCGCCCAGGAUCUCAGAGGGAUCCACAGCUUCCCAGGUGGCCCGCCACAGUCUCAGCUACAUCCAGGAAAUGGGAAAUGGCUGGUUUGGCAAGGUCCUGCUGGGAGAGGUCUACACUGACCCCACUGCAGCCAGGGUGGUGGUGAAGGAGCUCAAGACCAACGCCAGCGCCAAGGAGCAGAAUGACUUCCUUCAGCAGGGGGACCCAUAUCGGGUCCUGCAGCACCCCAACAUCCUGCUGUGUCUCGGCCAGUGCGUGGAGGUCAUUCCAUUCCUGCUGGUCUUUGAGCACUGCGAACUGGGGGACCUGAGGAGCUACCUGGCCCAUCAGGAGUGGAUGCUGAGGAACACAGAGCUGCUGCAGAAGAUGGCCUGUGAGAUCGCUGCAGGCGUCACUCACCUCCACAAACACAACUUCCUGCACAGCGACCUGGCUCUGCGGAACUGCUUCCUCACCACCGACAUGACCGUGAAAGUCGGAGACUAUGGAAUAGGCCCUUCGAGAUGGAAGGAGGAUUACGUCACCACGGGGGAGGAGUCAGCGGUGCCCCUGCGCUGGAUGGCCCCGGAGCUGAUUGGUGAGCUGCACGGCAGCAUCAUCACAGGGGAACAGACCAAGCCAGGCAACGUGUGGGCAUUAGGAGUCACACUAUGGGAGCUUUUUGAGAAUGCCAGCCAGCCCUACCCACACCUGUCAGACAGAGAGGUGCUAAUCCACGUCAUAAAGGAGCAGCAGAUUAAACUCUCCAAGCCACGACUGGAGCUGCCUUAUUCAGACAGAUGGUACGAGGUCCUCCAGUUCUGCUGGCUUCCCUCCGACAAGAGGGCCACAGCGGAGGAGGUGCACCGCCUGCUCACCUACCUCCGCAUGCAAGGCCAGAAGGAGUCCGAGGACGACUUCGAGCAGCGCUGGAACGCGCUGAAGCCCUCCACCAGGCAGACGGUCAGCCACACGUCCUUCCCCAUCCUGGAGCAGUUCGCAGACGAGGGGCUCGGCCGCGAGGUGGACGAGGUGCUGACCGUGACCGAGACCAGCCGCGGCCUCAGCUUCGAGUACGUGUGGGAGGCGGCGAAACAAGACCACUACGACAGCCACAGCCGGGCGGCUGCCGACACCACGCUCAACUACCACAGCAUGUUCUUCCCUGUGCCGCACCUCGACAAGCCCCUGUACCCGGAGCCUGGAGAGUACAAGAGCAGCCAUGGCUUCAGCGCCGGGGUCCCUGGGGUCUUGCCCGUGUUUGAGGCUCAUAAGCCAGCCAUGGGAAAUGAGUACUACAUCCAGCUGGAGGAGCAGGGGGAGAGCGCUCUGGGGGGGGAUGAGAACUGUGGUCCAGGGGACACUCGAAGUGAUGCCGAUAGUGAGCUGGACCGCGACAAGCAGCACUACGUGGUCCUACGAGACAUGCGCCUGGACGAGUCUAGCACAGACGUUGACUUCUUUCACCGCAGCAUAGACUCCAAAGAGUCGAACGUGAUCGACAGCCAUGCGUGGUCCUCGAGCGACGUGGAGAGCCCCUGCCACACGAACAUCUUCCUCGACAGCGACUCCAAGCUGAAUGACUCCAGUUCCUGGGGCAGGAACUUCCUGGAACUGCCGGAGCUCCACAGCUUCCAAAAGGACGCAUCUCUAGAGGAGAGCACCCUCCAGGGCACACAGAAUGAUUUGGUUGGUUCUUUUUUAGGUGAGGAUCAGGGGGCUAUUCAUCUGGAGAACGCAGAGGAGGACCCCGAUGUGAUGCAGCUUCUGAACUCAAAGAAGCUGACGGACAACUUCUUGUUCCUGAGGGAUAACAGUCUGUUGAAGGAGGAUCUGUUUUCUUCAGGAAGUAAUGAGGAUCUGGAUCAGAAAGUUUUAGAAGCUGAUUUGAGCUGGAUUCCAGAAUCAAAUGUUAAAAUAACCUCUAUGGAGGUUGGCGAGAUCCUGCCAGACGAUGGUCAUAUGGUUGAAAACCAGGUAAAAUUUACAGAAGAACCAGUUUCUCCAGAAGAAUUUCGGAACUCGCUAAUCCCACAGUUAAAGGAUACCUUGCAGCCUUCAGAGAAAGGUGAUACACUGGUGCCUUCAAGUACACUGGUUGCUGGAGAAAGCUGUAGUGGCCAGCUACAGUUAAUAAAUAGCUCUUCCAAUGAAGAAUGUGUUAAGCUGCAUUCCUCUGAAUCUGGGAUUGAUUUUACCUUUGACUCUACCUCUGAAAGUGCAGACAUUGAUUUAAAUCCUGUAAAUAGCCACCAAUCCCCUUUGCCCAGUGAAAGUGCCAAUAAAGACAUUCUGUGCACUGUUGCCAAAAACCCCAGCCUUGUAGAAAGCUUUGGAGCUUCUCAGGGAGAGGUGCUCUCUUUAGAAAUCACAGACUCUUUGGAGCAUAGCCUUGUUCUUCCCCCGGCACAGGUCUGCAAGGAUACUUUGGGUUGUGACCUUGUAGUCGGGCACACAAGUGACAUCUCAGUGGAAAAUAUUCUUGAAGGCAACAGCUCACCCAUGAUGCCCCCUGAGAUGACCGAAGCUAAGUGUAGCCUAGAUGAGACCUUGAUGGGUCGUGAGAAGGACAAUGUAUCUCAGGACAUGUCUUCUGAUGUGAUAUCUGCUCCUUGCCUGGACCAGAUAAGUCAGGACAGUCUGUUGGAUGAUAGUGUGUCAACCUCUCUGUUAACCACGGAACAUUUGGCAGAGACCCCUGAUUCCUUAGAUUCUUUGGACAUGCACGGUCUGGUGAGUCCAGUGGAGGUCCUCAGCACAGGUUCCUUCCAGAAGCUUCAGCCCCCUUACAAAACUGCAGACAGCGGCUACGAAACAGAGAACUUGGAGUCUCCGGAGUGGAACUCCCAGUCUGUUGUCAAAGAUGCCUCCCCUGAGGACUGCGAGUCGGGCGUCACAGAGGACCAGGUCAUGAUGGUUUCUGCUCCUCCAGAGAUUGUUGUUUCUGAGGUGGAGAGUGUGCUUGAAUCUGUGAGGGAAGAGGCCACGGCCAGCCACCAGAGAGCUCCCACACCGCCUGCUGUUGAGCUCUCCUCUGGCGCCAGCCAGAACUACAGGGAUUCAGCCUACUUUUCGGAUAAUGAGUCUGAGCCUGAUAAGAAGCUGGAGGACCUUAACGGAGGAACCUCUGGUGAGGCUGUCCCUCAGCCAAGCAUUUCCUCUGAUACUGAUUUCAGCAGUGACAUCAGAGCGGCAUCCAUUCCUAAUGGGGCUGUGGAGGACGAGGUGCACAAGGAGCCCAAUGAAGCUCAGGCUGAUUCUCCAUCUCCCACUGAAAACCUGCAGGACAUCAGCCCCCCACUCUUCAGGGGCAGCAGUUUGCCAGAGCUGGUCCUCACCACAGAGGAAGACUGGGACAAGGAAGUGCCCGUGUCCAUUGACGAGAUUAAAGAUUCUGAUUUCUCAGAAGAUAUCCCCGGCUCUCAGGACGGCUUGGCUGAGUCUACCGCAGUCUCUGAUCCUCCUGCUGGGGCCACCUCAACUCCUGACCAGGAGACGCCGGAGAAGGCCGCCGUAGAAAUCACGGUUCACGAAAAGCUGGCAAGGUCCCCAGCAGGGGAGGGGCCCAAGUUGAAGGAGCCGGACGUCGAGGGGAAGUACCUGGGCAAGCUGGACAGCAGGGCGGGCGGACUGGAGGACGGCACGGAGGCUGACGAGGAGGACGAGAACAGCGACGACUCCGAUGACGACACUCGCGCUUACCGUGUGCACAGCUCCAGCUCCGACAGCGAGGAUGACAUCGUGCACCCGGUGCCUGUCAUCAUCACCGACAACGACGACGCCUCCAACCUCAAAAGCCUGUUGAAAGAUGGCAACCUCCGCACUUCUGACUGCUCUCCACAGGGUGGCGACAACACUGAACUCCAGAGGAAGGCUGUGUCCUUCUUUGAUGACGUCACUGUUUACCUCUUUGAUCAGGAGACGCCCACUAAGGAUCUGGGAGACCACUCGUCCAAUGCCAACAGCAACGUAUCGGAGUUCAGCAGCCCAGCACCCUCCUCCAGCUACCUUAACAGAUUCACAAACUCCGAGAGCUCCACCGACGAAGAGGGUGGUGGCUUCGAGUGGGAUGACGACUUCACCUCUCCGGACCCCUCCUUCAUCACCAAGUCAGCCGGUCACCUAAUCGCGUCUAAGACUCCUUCAGUGGCCUCCCAUUACUUCUCCCCGCCCCCUCCUAGCCGCACGCUGGAGCCAAGCUGGAACAGCACCUCCAACUACUCCCGCUUCUCCAUCUCUCCUGCCAGCAUCGCCAGCUUCUCCCUCACGCACCUCACCGACUCGGACAUGGAGCAAGGAGGAAGCAGUGAAGAUGGGGAGAAAGAUUAACUGCUGACGAUUGAGGACUCUCACUCAAGAAGUAAAAGAGACUGUUUAAAAAAAAAAAAGAAAAAAAAAGGAAAAUCCAUUGAAAGGAAAGGUAAAUGGACUCGACGUUGGAGAGUGGCACUCAUGGACGCCUGGUUCAGGAGCCGGUCAUCUCCUCUGGGAGAUGAGUGAUGAAUUAUGGGAAGAGGGACAAGCUGGCUGAGGCCAUGCGUAGACUGGGCCAAGCCCAGCUACAGAACUGUCAUGUUUUCUACAACUUGUUCUUUUCUGUUAGAAUUAGUGCAAACAAUGGUCUUGCUUCAUGUUGGCUUUGAAAUAUUCUCAGUUGCAUUCUAAGUGUCUUUCUUGCGUUUCAUUUGUAAUCCACACCUUUCCUGAAGGAAUUGUCAUGUCAGCCAAUGCAAAAUUCCCUGCAGGUAAAAAAAUGUAAAGACAUUUAAAGAACUAAAAGUAAGUAAAGAAAGGCAGCUUUUGUGGUAUCUCAUAGACUUUGUUAAUAACUGGAUUAUUCAUUAUUUUCCUCCCAUGCGUUGGGGAUUUGAGUUUGUUUGGUGGAGAAGAAUAACUUUUCCACUGCCCUGAAGCCUCAGACCAGUAGGCAGGGUGUCUCCAUAUGAACAGGUAUUCAGGAGAUUGAGGCUUUCUGUCUGAAUGACUGAAAGACCAAACAGGGAAUUAUGGUAUUGCACUGGGGGCUAAACGACAUCAAUGUUUAAUUGAGUAGCUGCAGAAGCAUUUGUUUAAAACAAAUGGAGCCUGCUGUGAAUUGGCUGAUCCAUGUGUAACGCCAGAUAAAAGCAGAGGGCAUUUGCCUGUGUCCCAGCUCAUGGAAAUGAGCGAGCGUUUGAGUGUUUCUCUCAUGUAUUUUAUAUGUAACUGACUUUGACUGCAGUCUUGGACCCCAGCACUGAGGCUUCGGCUCAUAAUUGCUUCUUGUUAUUUAUGGGUUGUAUCAUGGUGCCUGUAGGAUCACAGAGAUUAGUGCUAUUAUGAUUUUACUGCUGUCAAAUGUUGCCCCAAAAGAAGGAAGCAAACCAUGCAGACUAUAGGUCAUUUAAAGGAGGGGUGAGGUCAAAAUCUAUCAUUCAUACAUUUGCGUGGGAGUCCCAGGGCAGUCAGUUUGUUCCAGAGAAAUCUCCCAAUGGAGACAAGCAUGGCAUAUGUAAUGCAAAAUGCAUUUAGUAAAUCGAUAAUAAAAAUAUUAUUGCUUUGAAGUUAUUUCCACAACAUAUUAAAGUUUUCGAUUGGACGUUCCUAUUAAAAUAUUUAAUGGGAUUGAUAUUUAUACAAGUGUUCUGUUGAAGGUUGCAUCGAGAGAAAAUCAGGACUGACGGAACUUUUCUAUUUGAGAGGUUUCCUCUUUCUGCUUGUUUCUUUUCUAUUAGCUGUCACUUGUGUAAAUCAUAAGAGGCAGUUUUCUUUUUUUUUGGUAAAUGCCAGAAUGUAAAAAUGAUUGGCAUGCUGUUCAGGAAGCAGAAGUGCAAUGAAAGUGUAUUUUUAUUUUUGACACUAUUUAACAGUUUGUGUUUUGAAAAUCCUGUGUGAAUGCAGUCGACUCCACGUUACAGUAAACUGUAGCUAGCUAACUCUGUAAGGGCUUGUAGAGAGGUUGGUGAAUUCUUGUUUGUUGGCCCAUAUUUUGUUAUUGCAUUGGUGGAUAUCUAACGUGGGCAUGAAUCCACAGUUAAUGUGCUUUCUCUCUCCUCUUUCUAUGUAGUUUAUUAUUCGAAGGUCAAACACAGAAAUAAUGUGUUUAAAAUGCCAGCACUUCAGGUUUGGACACACGUUUUGGUACUCAUACGCAGACGCUAUGCUUGUUGUUCACAUAGAUAAACACAUUCAAGCUCCCACAGAACUGAGACCAGAAGCUUUUAGGUAACCAUCAUACCAGCUUUUAGGUAACCAUCAGUUCACCAUCAUACCAGCUUUUAGGUAACCAUCAUGGAAGUUCAUAUUCACUGGUUGAGUUUUGGGCAGUUUCUCGCAGAUUUCUUUAGUUCAUGAUGUCCAUAGCAUAGAGGUAUAGUAAGGUGGUCAGAAGCGUAGACUUCACCAUCUGUUGCCUGCUGUAGCAGAGUAACAGAAUAUGCACAAAUACAGUGUUUACCAUUGAACUAAUAUAUAGAAGAAUCAGCAAGAUGAGCUCUUUCUCUUCAGAUGUCUUUAUUUGUUUCUGCACAUUCUGAAUGACAGUUUAUUGAUGUGUUCUAUUUGUAUGAUCACCAUUCUUAAGUUAGUGUGUGUGGGUUUGUACGUACAUACAAACAUGCAUGCAAACAUACAAACAAUCAUACGUGUGUGUGUACAUAUACUCAGUGAGCACUUUAUUAGGUAUUUAUUAGACUUAUUUUUUUAGACUUAUCGGUCUUUUGCUGCUGCAGCCUAUCCACUUUGGUUUGACACGUUGUGUGUUCAGAGAUGCUAUUCUGCAUACCACUGUUGUAAUGUGUGGUUAUUUGCGUUCCUGUCAGUUUUGACCAGUCUGGCCCUUUUCCUCUGACCUCUCUCAUUAACAAUGCGUUUCUGUCUGCAGAACUGCUGCUCACUGGAUGUUUUUUUGUUUUUCACACCAUUCUCUGCAAACUCUAGAGACUGUUGUGUGUGAAAAUCCCAAGAGAUCAGCAGUUUCUGAGAUACUCAAACCACCCUGUCUGGCACCAACAAUCAUUCCACAGUCAAAGUAACUUUGAUCACAUUUCUUCCUCAUUCUGACAUUUGGUCUGAACAGCUGAACCUCUUGACCACAUCUGCAUGCUUUUAUGCAUUUAGUUGCUGCCACAUGAUUGGCUGGUUAAAUAUUUGCAUUAGCAAGCUGGUGUACAGGUCUACCUAAUGAAGUGCUCAGUGAGUGUACAUGCACACACAUAUGAAUAUACCUAUGGAGACAGUGCUGGCAGUUCUUCCAAUCCUUGAGGUGGUUAGAUACAGAGCCCGUAGUUUAGGAUGGCUUAAGCUUUCAUUUGGCUAAUUUAUAGAGGAAUCCCAAAGAUUGUUUUGUAAGUUUUGUAAGUGAACGACACAUAUUAUCAAUUGUCUCAUAUGUUGUGGAUACUUGCCCUUUUUAUUUGAGUGUAGCAUUUAGUGUAUUUUGACAGGUACCGAUGAAUAUUUGUAAUACCAGCAGCCAGCGCUACAGUUGAACUUGAAAUUUUAUUUAAGAAAAUUCUGUUUUAUUCUGUAUACAUUUUGCUUCAUCUUGCACAUUUAAGAAGUGUAACAAUGUUGAAUGGUACUGAUGUAUAUACGUGUUUAAUAUAAAUGUUUAACUUGUCUGUAAAUGGGGAAUGGUGUAAUCAAGUCCUAGAUCUGAGUUUCAGUUUAUUAUUUAAUUGCCUCAUAAAGGCAACAUGUAAUGGUUAAACAUACAUACAACAAUAGAAUUAAGUAAAAUAGAACAAGAACAAAAAAUGUCAUCUUGUCCUUAAAAUAUGUAAAUUUUUAAAGUUGUAAUAUUUUUACUUCAUAUUGAUGAUCAUGCAUAGUGUAAUUCAAUGAACUGUUUAUAAUUACACUGUUUAUUUAAUACUGAGAAUAAAUGAAAAUUGCUUCUA